AUGGCUAGAUGGUUGUUGUUAUUGACCGAAUUUGACAUAACAUAUGUCAACCAGAUACCCAUAAAAGGACAAGCAAUCUUGGACUAUCUAGAAACAUACUCAACUGGGGUAGAUUCACAGCCGUUGGAAGACUCAUUUCUAGAUGAGGAUUUGGCAUAUGCAGAUGAAGAAGACUGUUGGCAAUUGUACUUUGAUGGUGCAUCCAAUCAAAGAGGAUAUGGGGCAGGAAUAUUGUUGAUAAUCCCAGAUGAUCUCUAUCUGCCAACUGCAUUCCAACUAGAAUUCCCUUGCACUGACAAAUAUGAAGCAUGUGCAAUCGGUCUCGAAGCCGCCAUGGCAUUAGAGAUCAAGAAGCUGAGAAUCUAUGGAGAUUCAUCGAUCAUGAUUUGUCAAACUCAAGGUAAGUGGAAGACAAAGGAUGAAAAGCUGAAGCCUUACCAAGAACAUUUGGAGAACUUGAUCAAGAGCUUCAAUGAAAUCACCUUUGAAUAUUUGCCGAGGGACAAUAACAGAUUCACUGACGCCCUAGCUACUUUGGCUUCAAUGGUUGAAUGCACCCCAGAUACUCAAGUUCACCCAUUUUUGGUAGAUAGAAGGCAUGGACCAGCAUAUGAAGAGUUAGUAAAUGCACUGAUAGCCGAUGGAAGGUUAUGGUUUGCACCCAUCAUGACUUCAUCAGAGAAAGGAAAUAUCUUCUAA